GGCGCCGCGGGGCGUGUGGGACCGAGCAGUCAUCUGUGUAACUGCGUUUAAAGAUGGGAUGUUAUCCACACGAACGUGCCUCGCUCAGUCCGUGUUAAAGCCUUCUUUUCCAGGGGAAGCUGUCUCCUCAAUUCUGUAUGAAUGCUUCAAGUUUAUUUCAUUCUACAUUCUUAUUGAAGGAAGCAAGUACAGCAUCUUGGAGGCCAUGGAUGUUGAGGAAGCAACAAUUUUCCCUGACCAGGCUGCCCCUAUUCCAGGCAGCAGGAAAGAACUCUUCCAAUCUCCUUGCACUAAAUGAGGCAGAAUUAAAAGAACAGUUUGUAAGAGGUGAUGGCCCAGGAGGUCAAGCCACUAAUAAGACAAGCAACUGCGUUGUCUUGAAGCAUAUUCCAACUGGGAUUGUCGUUAAGUGCCAUCAAACAAGAUCAGUAGAGCAGAACCGAAAGAUAGCCAGAGAAAUCCUGCAGGAAAAGGUUGACCUCUUCUAUAAAGGUGAAGACAGUGAUGUUUUUAAAGAGAAGAAAGCAGCAGAGAAGAAGAAGCAAGAAAAGAAAAGAAGAGCAAGGGAAAACCUAGAAAGGAAAAAGCAUUUUAAAGAGAUGCAACAAUCAGAUGGCAAAUAAACAUGUGAAAUACUGACUUGUCCUAAUUGGGUGAGGGAAAAGAGUAUGUCGUUAUACCUAAACGCAGUUUUCUAACUGACAGAUGUUGUAUGGCUUCUUAAGCACAAAUGAAAAUACUGAGUAGUGACCCGCUAUUACUGUAAAACUGAAGUAUUACAGGCAGUCAUGUAUUCCUUCUUCUGUCUGCCAUCAUCUCAUUACGUUCGGUAAUCAGUUUUGCUGCCAACUUCAAAAGAUGAUAAUCCGAUCAUUGUUGAAAAGGGGUGAUAAACUUUCCGCUAUUGUUAACAGAGACAAAAAGACAACUUGAUCUCUCUAUCUGGUAUGAUUCCUUAUGCUGUUUCUUAGGAGUUCCGAUACAUAAGAGCACCCCCAAGAAGUUAUAACUUUCCAUCGCUACUCGAGCAAUGCCUCUACUGACAUCAAAAUCCUGUAUAAACAGUGAACUAGCUUAGAUGAGACUCAAAAAAAAGUUGCUUUGUGAUACCACUUGUGAUGGUGUAAACAGACAUGCUGAUAGAAAAGUCACCAGUCGAUGGCUGCCCCCUUCAGAUCUUUCAGCUGAACUGCCUGCGUAAAUGUUCUUGUCCCACUCAAUUCUGAAUGAAAUUUUAGCAGGAGCUUUACAGAUCUUACCUAGAGCAGUGAUGAACAUGGGGGAGGGGAUGGGUUGCUCCUGCAAGUGAUGGUUGGUCAGCUAUUUUCUUCCAGCUCAAAUGCAGAAUUAGAUCAUUACAGAUAAAAAAAAAAAUGCUGAAAAGCACAUGUUGGAAGCUACAAGCAACAGAGUCCUGUGCAUCCAAGCUAUGAUGCAAAUAACUCUUUUCUCUUCAUGUUCCAUUAUCUUCAAGUAUCUGUAGUUCCAUAUGUAUCAGCUAUCCUAGAUCACCUCAUCUUCCUUAGGAUUUAGAUUUGAUUGUAUGCGGUACAUCGACAAUCCUUUUACUAUGUACUAUGCUGCGGUUAAGUUUGUGCAUUUCAGUAUCUUCACUCAUUUUGAAAGUUUCCCGUUUUAAGCAAAUACCUACAUCUACUUUUCCUUUAUUACUGUUAGUUGGGAGCCAGUAGUGAAGUAUACUUUUCCAUUUUAAUACUGUGAAGAAGUCUAAUUGCCUAACCAGAACGUUUUCUUUAAUUUCUGGACAAAAAUGUCACAAGCUGCCACUGAAUUCUGACCUUCAACAAUGAAGGGAGAGAGCUUUCACAACCAAAGCUGUAGCGUGUAUUUUAAAAGCAAUGGAGACUACCUAGCAACUGUACCUCCUUCCUGCAGAGAUGACUGCAUCAGUACUGUGCCAUGGAUGGAAAGUCUCCAGCACUCUGCAGUCCCGUUCUCUAAGCUGUUCUUGAACUUGAGCCUCCUACAUGAAGGUUAAACCUCUAUCUAUUGAGAGUUCUGUUGCACACAAAGUUAUGAAUUUGAUUAAAGUGACUGUACAUAGUUUUAAUACAAACUGUUAAUGAAAAUAAGCUUUAUUACAUAAAAUAAUAAAUACAUACAAAGAUGCAAAUAA